AUGCAGAGGCUCUCGCAGGUCGCGCUCCGCCGCCUCCUGUCGCCGCCGUCGGCCGCGGCAGCCGCUCGCCGGGCAGCGCCGGCGGCCGCGGAAGCAUGUUUCAGCGGAGCAGUACCUAUCCUACGCCGCGCCGGUGGCGCCGAGGUCGCGGCGGGCGGUUGGAGUGGCGGAUCUGGGAUCCUCUUGUGCCGCAGGCUCUGCACCUACAACGAGAGAGAUGACAGGGCACUUGAGGAGGAAGUUGAGAAGAAAUUUGGAUGGAUAUUAAAGAUAUUCUUCAUAGGGACUGCUGGCCUUGUUGGUUGGCAAUUCUUUCCCUACAUGGGGGAUAACCUACUACAGCAAUCCAUUACGCUUUUACAUGUCAAAGAUCCCUUGUUCAAGCGGAUGGGGGCUUCCAGAUUAGCUCGUUUUGCCGUUGAUGAUGAAAGGAGAAUGAAGGUGGUAGAGAUGGGUGGAGCUCAAGAAAUUCUGAAUGUGUUAGAAGGUGCUAAAGAUGAUAAAACACGCAAAGAAGCUCUGAAAGCUCUCGUGGCACUUGCAAAGUCGGGUGAUAAAGCUGCGGGGUUUUUGGACAAGGCAGGUGCCUACGCCAUCGUCGCCUCCACUCCAAAUUCCCCCGAAUAUGCCGAGAUCGAGGCCUGCAAGGCUAGCCUUCUCAAGACGUUUGAUCAACUGAAGUCGUGA